UCAGAGGCAUGCAUUGACUGUGGCAAUUACACACAUGUUCAAAAAGAAACACAGACUCGAUCAUCGCAAUUCUUGACAUUCAUUACAUUAGAAAUAUUCUGAAAGACACGAUCUGUCAUACAAAGUCGAUAGAAUAAGAGCCACGAGAGAGAAUGCCUUCAUGGAUACACGUGUUUGUUACGCUGUUAGCAAUUACGACAGCGCCUCAUGGAAAAUAUGUGAAGUUGCUCUCUGAAGUAUGCAAUUCUACAAGUUUUAUAUCCAGUUGUCAGAGUUGCACAAAUACGUCUAUCACAUGCAACAGUGAGUAUUCCAACAUAUACGGCCCAAACUGGGGUUUAUUCUACAUUCCUCUAAACGACAUCUCACCGGCUAUAACGACAUUAAACCUCGAGUUCAAAAGAAUUAUUGGAUUAAAGCUAAGGCGACAUUUGAGUGAACUGGUACCAUUAAACUUUAUACGUUUUGUUAAACGGAAUAUAUCACUCUAUGAAUAUUAUCCGAACCUGAAAUACUUAAGUCUUGCUGGGAAUGAUUUAGAAAGUUUCCCGAAAGAUGCUUUUAAAGGGCUUGCAAUACGUGAACUCAACCUGAGCAUGAACUCUCUUAGGCCAAGUCUCACAACGAUGUACAAACGCGAGGAAUGGGGCAUCUUUAAACAGCUUCCUAAUAUCACACGUUUGAACAUGUCCCGAAUGAUCUCAAGCACUACUGGCUACAGAUAUAAUAUUCUCGAAUACCUCAUACCAGAACUUAAAAAUCUACAAAACUCCACGAUUGAGGUUAUAGACUUUAGCGAGACACAUCAUCGAACGGCUAAACCACAUUCUCUCGACAUGACAUGGCUGAUGAUGACAUUGAAAAAAACGCCAAUUAGAGAGAUACACCUUGCAAACAAUUACAUAGACGAACUAUUUUUCGAUGGUUCAACGAAAGUGUCGUAUAACCGUAUGUUCAAAAGGAUAAAUGUAGGUCUUUUGUGGAACAGCUUAAGUUUAAUUCUCAAAGAUCUUGAACUGUUUGAUAUGUCAAAUAUUGGUUUAGAUCUCUUCAACGCCCCAUUGCUUUUUGUAUACGAAUCAGAAUUUGAAUAUCUGGCUCAAAGCAACAUCAAAGUUUUUAAGAUCUCAUCGUCACAGAAAGCAGAACUGGAUGUGAAACAGUAUAUUGAACAAUCUCAUACAUCUUGUGUUAUAGACAUGUCAAUUUGGAAAUUAGAGGUGCUGCAGUUGGUUAACAUUGCGCUCUCAUCUGCAGUGUUCGACUAUUUUAUAUUAAGUUCAUUUAAACGUGGGUGCGUUUUUCAAAAUGGAAACAGUUUACGAAUUCUAGAUAUAUCGGGAAGAGGUAAAUUCGGUGAAAUAGGUGGAGAAAUCAAAGGCCUCACACAUCUACAGGAAUUGUAUUUUGGUGACAAUAACUGCGUCCUUAGUUCGUCAUUACUGACGUGUUCAAAAGGAAGGUUUGAAUCUCUAAAGAUUUUGAGUCUGAGGGGCAAUAUGGUUCAACUGAAUGAGAUCAGUUCUAAAGGUGCCUUUGAUGAUUGCAAUAAACUAGAGCACUUGGAUUUGUCUUAUAACAAGCUUUAUAGCAUUCCCCAUGAUUUCUUCAAAAAUGCCAAAAAUCUUAAGACCUUAGAUUUGAGUGGCAAUAUCCUGACACAUAUAGAUGUGAAACUAACUGAGCUGAAACAUCUCACUUUUCUUAACCUCUCGCAUAACAAGUUGGAGGAGCUUGGGAGUUCUUUUUUGGAUGAACUUGAACUAAUCAGAGUGAACGACUAUGGACUUAUUAACCUUGAAGGAAAUCCACUGACAUGCAAGUGUGGGGACAUCCAUUUCAUAAAUUGGGCACAGGAAAACUAUUUCACCUUUUACCGACCUUAUUUGGUGCAUUGCAAUGAUAAAAACGGCAUGCGAAUUCAUAUAUUAAAGGUGGAUCACGAGGAACUCAGAAAGUACUGCUUAAUGCCAGUUAUAAUAUCAGUAACAAUCACCACAUUAACUGUAGGUCUGAUAGCCAUGAGUGCCUUUCUAAUCUACAAAUACCGUUUUAGAAUUCAAUACCUCGGUUUACUCGCGCGUGCUCAAUUUCGUCGCCGGAAUGCCGUGGAUGAUGCAUACUACUUCGAUGGAUUCCUCAGCUAUAGCAGCCAGGACAACGAUUUUUCACAUAAUACUUUGAUUCACCGUCUGGAAGGUGAUUUUGGUUACAAACUAUGUUUUGAUGAACGUAACUUUUUAGGCGGCCACGUUCUAGAGGAACUAGUUACUGUUGCUAUGAAUCAUAGCAGGAAAAUAAUCCUUGUAAUUACCGAGGAUUUCCUUCGCAGCAGAUGGUGUACUUUUGAAAUGGAGAUUGCAAACGGAGUUCUUGCCACUCGUGGCUGCAACUGUAUGGUUCUGCUUCUAAGAGUGCCUUUAAAUACGAUACCAGCUCAAUUGAUCAAGCCAAGACUACGCUCUCUCUUAGAGAACCGCCUCUAUAUAGAGUGGAGCGAGGAGGAAGAUAGACAGAAAUUGUUCUGGCAGAAGCUAAAGGACACUCUGGGCAAUCCAUGCAAUGCUGAACUAACGAAUGAACAUCGUAGGAAUGAGUACCUUGUGUUUGAUCUUAUGGAUAAUGGAAUAUGCGAUGAAGAAGAUGAACUGUAAACUAAAAAAUCAUCUGCUUAAGAGAUGUGCAUGUACGAUAAGGUGGAAA